GUCUCAUAUUCUAUGAGUAGUCCAUCGAUGACGUCUUUUUCCCGUUCAAAAGAUCAUCCGCGCAAGUUUUGGUGUUGCUGCAUCCCACAAACUCAAACUUCUUCGACGGCAAACGAUCCCCGUUGCGCUUCCUCGACGCAAGUGUCCCCCUUAUUUCGGGGCAAUCAUCUGCUGACCUCCGCAAAAAGGAAGCCAGAGGACAAAACCAGCAACAAAAAGUGGAUAUCGAAAUUUUUACUGCGACGUUCUCCUUCUGCUAGUAGAUUGAUGUCAAAAACACUCCUCUCUGGAUUUUCGAUGUUGUUAGUGAUUGUGUGUUUGUUCCAUAUCAGCUGCUGGCUGAGUUGAAAAUGAAAAUAUUGCUGAGUGAAGCAAAAUAAAAAUUUAUUGCGUAGAUUAUUUUCGGUGGCCGUUUCGUUCGGAAGUGCCGCGACCAGGACCAAUCGAUUAGUGAUUUGAAUUUUUGGGUGCAAUAAGCAGAAAGCGCCGCAUUUGGCUUUCGUAUCAAGUCAAACAUCAGAACCUACUCUGAAAGGCUUCUUCGAAGGCAGGAAGGAAAAGUGCCAUUUUGCAGAUGCCAGAUGGAAGAAGGCGACUCAAAUGUCUGUGAAUAGAAUGUUAUUGUUUGUUGCGUAUAUGAUUGAUUUAGUAGAUUUAAGGUGUUAUCAUGUGUACUAUUUGUAAAGAAGAUCGGUGUUCUCAUUGAAAAAUUUGAGAAGAAUGAAGGUGCUGUGGUAACUUCUUCGGCACUCGAAGGAUUAGUUCUAGGGACGGAGGUGCGACCAUCGGUGUUUUAGGGACUUUGGGGAUAUACACAGCGAAUCGCACCCCCCAACGAACAAGUAUGGAAGAUGAGGGAGGGGCCAAUGGUGGAGCGGAUCCAGACAUGCACUCAUCGCCCUCUUCUGGUCGGGUUUUCCGGCCAGACACCUUGCGAGACAUUUUAGACACGGCUAUCCAAUCGAAUGUGGAUUCGGCCGAAGUUUCGGAGUUGGAUGUCGAGCCACCACUGUUUGCCACCGGCAGCAUGCAUGAUUACAUGCCCCCUCUAGUCUUACCACGGGUGAGGAAUCCUCCAAACUUCUACGAAUCGAUGCCGACAUAUUUUCCUCCUACGGCGCAUGUAGAAUCAGCUCGCACCAACUACGGUCUGUUUGGACCGACUUCCUUUGGAUAUUUCCCAUCUCAUCACCAUUACCACCAUCACCAUCACGCACCUCAUGUUCAACAACAGCAAGCGAAUCGGUACUCACCGACCUUUCAUCAUGGAUCUUCCAGUUCGCGUCCGAAUUCUUCGGGUUCCUUCGCCGGACGUCAACCAGUGGAUGCUGAUUCCGCCCCUGGACCCAACGAAGGCUCCUCCAGUUCGGUCACAAGACCUCGGUCAUACACAAGGCCUCCACGAUCUUCCGAGGAAUCUGAGUUCGGCUGGAGCCAGUAUAAUUGUCACUACACACCUCACUAUGCUGGUUCAUGGAAUGGAGAUCGCGAUGUUCGCGGAGGAUUCAAUAGGAAACGACACCACCACAACUGUGAUUUACAUUUUAGACCCAAGAAAACGACUCAAGCGGAACGAUCUCAUCCUAACCAUCCAGUUACAUCCUUAGAACCUAGACACAUCAAAAGGGAACCCCCUCCCAGUCGAUCACGAGUACCGAUCAAAUCUGAACCGCAAGAUCAUGCUCCCACGCCGAGUGAACCGUGUCGGAUGUUACCGGUGAAAAAGGAGGAAAAGGUCGAACCAAGAGAUAAUGCUCAAAUUAAACAGGAAACCCCAUGUUCGUGUAAAUGUUGCACCACAAAUUGCUCAACGGUAGAGCGAAGUUGUCCAUCUCACCAUCAGAACAUGAUCAAAAAGGAACCAAAGGUGGAAUGUGCCAAUGAAAUGAAACAGGAGUAUGAACUCAAGAAAGAGGAAGACUGUAAGGCUGAAAUCGACGAAAGAACAGAAGAAACCAUUCCUCCGGAACCUGCUCUCCCGGAAGAACCGAUGCCAGGUCCGAGUGGACUAAAUCGUCAUCUCGUGGACCAAAUCCUCCAAGAAGCUGCAUCCAAAUCAGGGAAUCGUCGAACGCGACGUUAUCCGCGUUAUUGCUACGACGACGAUGACGAUUACGACAGCGACGACACCGAUGAAGAUGACUUCAAUCAAGAAGCUUCAGAAAAUAUUAGAAUCUCUCCGAUUAUCGGUGAAUACAGCGUACUCACUGAAGUAGAAGUAGAACCCGUUAACACUACAGAUAUCAUCAAAGAAACAGAAGCGGAUAUAUCCCCCGUGGUCCUAAACGACUCCAUGAACACGAGUCUUCAAACGAUCAACAAUUCUGGCGCGAGCAGCUUGGAGGAAGUGUCUAGUCAACAUAAUAAUAGCUCCGACCCAUUGAACCAUGCUAGGAUAUCAUCAGAUACUUCGGAUGCCCAAACCGAACAAAGCCAGGAAUCCGCACAGCAACGGGCCAGUGACGUUCUUUCGGCGCCGGACUUGCAACUGGAUUGGGUCACCGAUACGAGCAGCAUAAGCGACGAAAGCGACGUAGUUCUGGUGGAUCAGGACAACGGGAAUGGAAGGGAGCCGAUUGAUCUCACCAACGAAUCGGACGACGAUGGUGCCAUGGGUGGCGGGGCGAGGUUGGGGGAUGAUGCUCGAGAGUACAACAGCCAUGGACGAUUGUCACCGAUUCCACAUGAUCAGAAGGGGCGUGGUAUGUUCGGUCGAUGUUCCGGUUUCAUGGCCUAUGGCGCGAACGGAAGCAGGAACUCAACCCCUCCACCACAGCAAUCGCAAUCGUUUCAUCGUCUUCGGCCGCAUCACGGAUCGCAACAGCCCCAUUCUCCCAUUCCUGCGCAGAGACAUUUCCGAACAUUUCUGCAUCAGGGUAGUCGAGAGGGCGGAUACUCUCCAAGCGUCCGGCGUUGGUUUCCAAACGGGCGCACUUCCCGUCAGGAUCCCAGUAUGAUGCGACCGACUCCAUUGCUUUCGACGAAUUAUCCGGCUACGGGUCACAACCAAGAGUCACAUCGUCCGGCGCCAGAUGGCGCGACAUCGGGUGGACCCACCCACAGUGGUGCAGAUAACGGAAGCGACAGCAAUGCAGGAAUUGUGAUAGACAACACCAGUAGUGGUAGUUUCAAUCGGAAUAUUUUCACACCAUACGUCCCCCCUCUGGGUGAGAUCUUCAAUCACAGACAUGGGGUUCAGCGUGGUGAGGGUAACAACAGCGGCGAACAAAGAUUCGGAUGUCCGCAUUCGUCGGUUGAAAGUCCCAUCGACUACUCCAAUAGGCUGGGCCCGAACGGCAGAGAGUUCGAUGGAACCAAUAAUCGACGGUUCAACGACGACAACAACAAUCAACCUGGAUAUGAAUCUGGAAGACAAGCGCCACCCCCGGCCGGAAGCAACCAUCCGGAGCCGCGAAGCUAUCAUCGCAGCUAUGGUUACAUGAACCACAUGAAUCGAAAUCGCUACCUACAUACCGGUGGAGUUCGACCGCCGUACGCGGUUCACGAACAACUCUGGAAUCGGCAGCAUAAUAUUCAGGAAGCACACCGACGUAUGUUAGGGGAACUCAAUGAUUAUAACGAACGGGUGUCUCCUCAUCAUGGUGCGUUGAGAUCCAGAAACAAUCUGAUCAAUUCUUCGUACAACAACGCAGCCGGUCCGAAUCCGGCUCAUUCCGGUGGAGCUGGCUCUAGCGCCUCCGGUUCUAGGGAAGAACUCUUCGACGACGGUGGCACGUAUUGGGCGGACCGAAACUUCAAUCGCUACGGGCUGAAUUACCAGCAGGAUCUGCGUGUGUUUAAUCAUCGACCGAGACGAGUUUCGUAUCAUACGACGGUUUAUCCACCGAUGAGGCGAAACGAUCAUCAGCACGUCCACCAUCAUAUGUACCACCAUUUCCAGCCACAAGCAAUCCUCAACAAUGCACCGCAGGUUCAUUUCAGCAUAGGGCUCCGACCAAGUUUGCUGUCCAGCUUAAACCGCUUCGUUCGCGUCAUCGAGGAUACCUGCUCCAAUCGCGGAGCAACACAGGAAAUGAUUGAGCACAAUACCUUCCCCCACAAGUACAAACGACUGCGUCGCGCCAGCGAGACGGACGAAGACAGCGAAAAGUGCACCAUAUGUCUGUCCCAGUUCGAGGUCGACAACGACGUGAGGCGCCUUCCGUGUAUGCAUUUAUUCCACAAGGACUGCGUCGACCAGUGGCUGGUGACCAACAAGCACUGUCCCAUCUGCCGGGUGGACAUCGAAGUGCACCUAACCAAAGACUACAGCAUAUGACGGUCGGACGACGACGAAAUUCAGGGUCUACCCGGGAGCCGCCGAACGCGCAUCGAAGUGUAUGAGCUCCAUGCGCAACCUCGGCGCUACAGCCACCAUUCUUUGCAGACGCAGCUUAGUAAUCGUUAUGUAGAGUCAUAUUUGUCGGCAUUGUCACGUCGUAAUCCCAUCGAAGCGCCUUUUGGUAGCGAAAAUGGGCCAUUUUUCCUUUACCUCUAAAACAAGGCCCAUCAAUUUUCGUUAGAUCUGGGGACUGGUAUCGAAACUGGCCCGCAAUAAAGCUAGCUUUUUCUAGCAUUUGUACCGUGUCUCGAAACGUUUUUUUUUUUCUGGAUAGUUGUUCUUUUCUUUCAUAAAUCGUAUGUCUUCGUAUGAGUUAAGUUAAAAAUGUUCGCGUUGCAAAACAUAAGAUGAAUUCAGAUUUAUUUUCUUUAUGUGAUUCUCUAAAAUUGGAAUGUAGGAGUGAUAAUCAAAAGUGACUGCAAAUUAAAUAAAAGCUAUUUUUCGUAGUGCUCAUGGAUAUGUUAUUUAUAAUCACAUGUAUGUAAUGCUGAUAAUAAAAUUCUUUUUUCAUGUUAUA